CAAGCCGGUAACACAUUGUGCUGGGAACUAUCAAGCCGGUAACACACUGAGCUGGGAACUAUCAACAUGUCGGUAACACACUGAGCUGGGAACUAUCAACAAGCCGGUAACACGCUGAGCUGGGAACUAUCAACAAGCCUGUAACACACUGUGCUGGGAACUAUCAACAAGCCGGUAACACGCUGAGCUGGGAACUAUCAACAUGUCGGUAACACACUGAGCUGGGAACUAUCAACAUGUCGGUAACACACUGAGCUGGGAACUAUCAAGCCGGUAACACGCUGAGCUGGGAACUAUCAAGCCGGUAACACGCUGAGCUGGGCACUAUCAAGCCGGUAACACAUUGUGCUGGGAACUAUCAAGCCGGUAACACGCUGAGCUGGGAACUAUCAACAAGCCGGUAACACACUGAGCUGGGAACUAUCAAGCCGGGUUCACACUGAGCUGGGAACGAUCAUCAAACUCAAAUUGUUUGUUUUAGCAGGGUUCAGUGUUGUAAGUAAACUUAUUUUUACAAUUUAAUUGUCAUUAUAUAGGUUUACCAGACGUCCGUGUUUAGUACGGACAGUUUGUAUUUUCGACCCCCUUGUCCGUACUAAUUUUGCGUCCGCAUUUGUCCGUAAUUUCCUCUUGUCGUCCGGCUUGGCCGUACUUCAAGCAGCGACGACUUGCUUUUCUUAUCUCUAUUUGUCUUAUCCAAUUUCUCCGCAAAGGCAAGCGCAGUGAAUAGUAAAAAUAUAGCAUAUUUCUCCAAUGUUGUAAAAAUAUCACACAAUAUUGUGUAGGAAUUAAAGUCAUAAUGUUACCAUUUCUUUUCACAAAUGGUCUAAGCUAGAUAUCGCUUCAAUAGCACCGUACUAACUAGUAGCAGUAUUACAGUAAUAUUCCGUCCACCGUAGGCCUAGCUACGUUUGGUUAGUUCAGUGGUUCCUACAAUGUUUCGAUUCCCGGCGCUUAUACCAAAUUUAGGUUUUCACUAUUCUUUUGCUGGCCUCUCGGUAGUUUCGUAUACUAUUUUUCAGUUAUGUCCUAUUUUUAUUUGAUUCUGUUUUGACUCUUGUUUCUUGUUUGUUCGCUGCGGAGGAAAUGCUGCACCCGGGGCGAAACCGGAAAAUGGUGCCACAUAAUACAUAGAAAAAGUGGACCUGGGGCGGAUCAGUAAAAAAGACGAUUUUUGACCCCCCUCGUCUUUCUGGAGUAUAUGGGAUUUGAUAUUUUAAUUCACAUAAGAUCCUAUCUAAGAAAAAGAUUUUGGCGCCCACUGAGACUGCCCUCUUUGCCCCAUUUUCAUGGCUCUGCCGGAGGGCAACAUGGCACCCAGAGCGACGCAUAUUAUGGGGACCACUGGGCUGGUCCAACUGUAACCAGUAUAAACCUACGGCCUGCGACACAUUUUUUUUGUUAUUUCUGUGGCGUCAUAAUUAUCUAUUAAAUUAUUUUAUUUCUUUGGUGUUUAUAUGGGGACGAGAGCUAAGAGCUUCUUGUACAUAGGAAUUUAUUUUAUUUUGGUUGGGGGUGCCCAAAAAAAAGUCAAGAACCCCCCCCCCCCCCCCCAUGGUUCCGAUUCGAUUGCUGUGAGCCUAUAUAUAUAUAUAUAUAUAUAUAUAUAUAGAGAGAGAGAGAGAGAGAGAGAGAGAGAAAGAUGACCUACUUUAAUAGAAAGUUGUAUACCGGUAACAAGUAGUGCAUGUCAUGACAACUCUAUUUACAUUGACAUUAAUAGAGUGGAAUAGCUGAAGUCAGGGUGGUAAAAUGUUAAAGUCAGCCGUAAGUGAAAUCUGGGUAUGUAUAACUUGUAUAUUUUGUUAGGAAUUAUUUGUGGGAGUGAAAAUUAGCUCUUCUUGAAAUUCUCAGCCUCAGAUGUCUAAUAAUUAUUAUUCUACAGAUAAUUCCCUGCCUCAAACGUCUAAAUUGUUCCACAGACUUCCACACAGAAGACCACACCGAAGACCUGACCGUAACCAUGAUAUUGAAAGCGUUGUUAGUUGCUACUUUGGCCAUCUCUCUUUACUCCCUCCUGGACGUAGUAUGGAGAAUGGGCUUCCAUCUACACUAUCAUAAACAUUACCCUGGAAAAUGCAGGUAAACAUAGUUUUAUGUUAUAUAUGUAUCUAUGGCAUCCUUCCGUCUUCGCGAGACGAUGGGAUAGCUAUGUAGUCCUACAUUUCGACGAGUGGCUCACUAGGCCAAUCUUAGAAUGACAAUCACGGCCGCACCUCUCGCAGGAGAAUAUUGAUUCCUGGUAAGAUCUUGACUUCCGUAUUUUUCUUUUUGUUGCAAGGGCCUCGUUUCGCGUAUCUUCUGCCUUUUUUUUUACUCCUUCAUACAUUGUUGUUCGCCAGCUGGAACGUUGUUCGGCAAUGAGCUCCCAUUGCUUGUUUUCAACAUUGGCUUCCCUCAUGCUCCUUUUGCAAACGUCCAUAAAUCCCUUUUCUCCAACAAUAUUCAUCCUUUUUCUGGAGACCUUUUCUCACCCAUGUGUUCAUAGGUUUUCUGCCGUUCUUGUCAGUACGUCAGGGUCCGAUUUUCACUUGCAUACAUGGGCGCCAGCAGGGGGGGGCACUUGCCCCCCCCCCCCCCUGGUUUGAUUGGUAAAAAUUUUUUUUGCCAAAAANGUCCGUUCGUUCACCAUACAAAUACGCUACAUGAAACUAUAUUAAAACAUUACUAAAAAUUUUUUGCCCCCCCCUGGAAAGUUAAUCGAUUUUUUUUGCCCCCCCCCCCCCCAGAAAGUUUUCUGCGGACGCCCAUGCUUGCAUAUGCUACAACUGGUCUCAUUACAGUUUUAUAAAUAGUUUUCUCUGUUUUUUUUGUAAUGUUUUUACUUUUGAGUAUUUUCUGAAUCCUGAAGUUUUCCACUUUUCUGACUGACAUAAUUUAUUUCUGUUAGUAAUUUUUUUCUUCCAUUUAUUUAGGAUCCUAUAUAUUUGGAUUGAUUUACUUUUUCAAAAGUGUAGUUUCUAAUUCGAAUGGUUUCAUCUGUCUGUUCUUUGCUUAACAUACGUUUUUUGGUGGUUAAUUUCCAGUCAUACUUGUGGUGAUGCGUCUGCUAAUUCAAUAAAAGCUUUUGAUAUGUCAUUACUACUUUUCCCUAACAGUGCUAUGUCAUCAGCAUAUGCAAGAUACUGAAGACGUUGAUUGUUGAGAGUGUCCAUUGGUUGUAGGUCUUGGGUUUCCCUCAGAAAUUAUCCUGUUAUUGCUCCUCGGGUGUCAGUCAAUAUGUAUGUUUCUUAUAACGGAACUCUCUCUCUCUCUAAUGUUAUGUUAAAGAGAGCAUACACGACAGUGAGUCACCUUGUCUUAGGUCUCGUCUAAUCUGAAACGUCCAGAAUAUUCUCCCUGAACCUUGGUGUUGCUUUUUGAGUUGGUUUGUUUGGUACGGUAUGCCAAACUCCUGCAGAGUCUUAUAUUCAUAUAGAUAUGUUUUUUGAUGCUGUCACAGGCCAUUUUAUAUUCCCCAUAGAGUUGAUGUACCGGUACUGGGAUAUUGUAUUCGUAGCAUUUCUCUAAUAGGCGUCUGAUAGUGAAAUCUGAUCAGUCGUUGAUUUGUUUUGUCUGAAUCCACAUUGGUGGUCACCAAGUACGGUUGUACGCAGUCUUUUGGCAAUUAGUUUAUCAAUAUUUUGUAUGUAAAGUUUAAUAGAGAAAUUUUUUUGUAUUUGUAGUUUGUGCAUUGAAGUUUGGAACCUUUCAUAAGGUUGCUGACACACUAUGUAAAAAUGUAAGGUUGCAGACACAAGACUAAAGGUUUAAUAUGAAAGGUUUUACAAAAUAAUGUAAGGUUGCAGAUGAAAGAGUGCAGAAACAAUACAUAAGGUUGCUGUUGAAAAUAUGCAGACACAAGUCAUAAGGUUGUAGUUUUACAUUUGAAGAUGCAAGAAAGUAAGGCUGCAGGCACAAGGCGUAUAUGUAAUUUCAAAAUGAGGCUCUUCAAUUGAUACCAGUUAUACCACUGGGCAACUGCAUAGGCCACCUCCUUACACUUACAUGUUCAUUCUGUUAUACCUGUAAGGUAUGCAUCAACAUUUGCUUUCUAGAACAUCCAUUUUGCAUUACGGUAUAAAAAUAUUGUUUUGAUAUUUUUCAGUCAGGUGAAAGGAGUGGAAUUUGGAUCUGAGGAUCUUCAAGUGACCAGUGAUGGACUUGCUUUCAUCACAAGUGGCUUUUCGUUUCAAGUCAGCUCCCAAAAAUUCAAGGAGUUCCUCUCGGCCAAUGAUGUCAAAGGUCAGAUUGUUUUAUUUGACUUUAAUAAACCGGACUUGGAAGUGACCAAGCUAAAGAUCAGCCCCACUAAGCUUUUCAAUCCAGACACAUUUCGGCCCCAUGGCAUCAGUGUCCUUGAAGACAAGGUCAAUGGUCAACAUCUUGUUUACGUGAUCAAUCAUCCAGACCAAGAAGCCGACAGAGUCGAGAAGUUUCGUUACCUGCCGCACAAUCAAGAACUAUUUCAUCUCAAGAGUUUUUCUAGCGAAACCUUCCGUGGGACCAACGACCUGGCCGUCUUGGAAGAGGACAAAUUCUUCAUAAGCAACUAUUUCUACUACACCACUUCAAUUCUCACCACUUUAGAGAACUUGGGAAUUUUAAAGUUUGCAACUGUUGUUUAUUUCAAUGGAACAGAUUAUGUUGAAUCUUUGACCAAUCUUCAAGGUCCUAAUGGUGUCACUUUGUCAAGAGAUGGCAGGUAUUUAAAUUUUUUUUAACAAAGAAUUUUUUAACGGAACUUCUCGUUACACCAUUAACAUAAAUUAGUAGCUUAUUGAGUCUGAAUUUUUAAUUCAUUUGUUCUGUCUAAGGAGUAACAGCUGGCAUUCACCAGACACAAAUGGCGGAGAUUUUUCUGACAAUUUUAAAUUUUACAAUAUCAUCAGAUAUGUAUUUUUCUUUAAAUAAUAAAAAAUAAUUAAUUACGGUAAUCAUUUCCAAUUUAUUUUAAAUAUUUUAAUACUAAUCAGGGUAAACAAUAAAAAAAAAAUACAAGGCUAGAUAUCAGUCUAUACAUUCUUGUAUCUAAAGCUUUAAGUUUUAUGUUUAAUUAAAUAGAGUCAAAUAAUUAUCAAAUAUUUACUCCUUUUUACUAAAAUGAACACGAGUUAUAUUCUUUGUGGAUGUCCGCUUCAUAUUUUUAAAAUUAUCUACCAGUUUUCUUUUUCAUGAUUUUCUUUGCAAAUAUUGGGGAGCAUUUAAGUUUAAGUGAUAGGCAACAGAUAUACCAACAAGAUUUUACUACAUUUAGCAAUCUGCAACUACCGGUACUGUUCAACAGUGGCCUCCUUAUUUCUGUUAAAGCGUUUAUGAAAGGAAUUGACUGUUUAAUGAACUAUUUUAUUGACUAUCUAAUGAACUAUUUUAUUGACUAUUUAAUGAACUAUUUUCGCAUCAUUGUUUCAUAAAAGAUAUUUCCUUUAAUUUCCCCAAAAGCACUGGACAUCCUAUCAUUUACUUACAAAAUGUCAUCACCUUUGUUCCCUUAGAUAUCUUUAUGUGAAUUUUCCAUUGCGUGGAUACAUGCAAGUCUAUGAGCGUACAAGAGAUAACCAACUUGACCUGGUCCAGACAGUGCCCUUGUUUAGUGCCCCAGAUAAUUCUCACCUGUCCACUUCUGGAAAUGGCUUGUUCAUUGGCAUUCACCCGAUUACUUAUCAAAUUAUACAACACCUUGAUGACCCAUUAAGUCGAGCUCCAUCAUCGGUAAAGUGGUAUUAACUAUAUAUUAUUAUAUUCAUUAAAAAGUAAUCACAAGUUAAAAUAAAAAACAGUAAAUAACUUGGAUACGUAGUAUUUUAAACAUUGAUUGGAUGCAACAGUUCUUUCAGUUACAGGCCUUAAUGAAGAACUAUUCAGACUUAUUUAUCCUUGACAAACACUCGAGUUUUAAAAGUUUCUAACUAAAUGGCCUAACAUAAUAUAACAUCUGUAUCUAUCUAUUCCUUCUGAAGAACUCUAUUCAGUGACUUUUGUUUAAAUAAUAAUUAUCCAACACUCAACUCCUAUCAAUACAACACUGCUUAAUUCUUGUUCUACAGGUUCUCUACGUCCCAAUAGUAUAAUCAAAUGGUUUAACUUAACUGGUGUUCCUCAGGUUCUUUAUGUCCCACUAGCAGAUGGUAAAGCGGUGUUGGAUGACAUAACACAACUGUUCUAUGAUCAUGGUGACCUCAUCACUGGCUCUACUAUUGCAGCUGUCUACAACAACAAACUCAUUAUAGGAUCCAUCAUUGACAAGUUGGUGGUAUGCCAGCUGGGAGAUACAACACUAUUUGACUAAGUGAAGUUAGUCUUUGAAAAAUUAGAUUUAAAAAAUGCUUUUUGUUUUUUUUAUUUGUAAACAGCAACAUACUGAGUAAGAGAGUAUUGUACUUUUUAACGUCAUAAUUAAGACUGACUAUUGGUUUAUGGUUUGUUUGUAAAGGAAAACAUUCAAGGAAAUAUGUGGUUAAAGCAUCAACAUUUUGUUUGGAAAUAUCCAUCAAGGCCAAUGGGUGGCUGUGUUAUGAAUAAUUACAUAGGCUGUAACACACUUAACACCAAUUUUUAAAAUUAAAAUUAAUUUGGAGCGACGAGAAAAACAGAGCAUUUUAAUUUUUAAAAAAUAAAUUAAUAACUUUUCGAUAUCAAAAGUUACGUGCUAGUAUAGGGGUUGGCAACUAUUAGUGAAGGGCCCUUUUAUGAAAUUAAAUCUGCUGCUAAGAAAAUAUUUAGGGUCCUCCCUGCUCUCUGCACAAGACACGAUUGGAAAAUCUUGCUUUAUGCAUAUGACACAUGGAGUAAUAUUUUACUUGUGUAAGUGGACUAAUAUUUUACUUUAAAUAUUUAAAAACUACAUUAAAGAAAUACAAUAAUAAAAAAAAUUAUUAGCUCAUUUAUCAGUAUUUUUAUAGUUCAGAGUAAGAAAAUAUACAUGCUUAAUAAUAAGAGCUGAAUUUAUUCUUUCACAUAAUCAUUCUGAAUUUGCUGCUAUGGUAGUAUUCUAUGUUAACUGCUGUGCUAGCAUUAUGGGUUUACUGCUGUGCCAGUAUUAUGUGUUUAUGUACUGCUAUGCUAGUAUUAUAUAUGUUUGCUGCUAUGUUAGUUUUAUAUAUGUUUUCAACUGCUACAAUUUUAAGACAAAUUUAGCAGAGUUGACAAGACAAAUUGUUUAUUAUAUAUUUUAUGUGUACCAAGUCUUCAUCUCUUUAUGUACAUUUGACAGUUUGAUUUCUCAUCACUUUUACUUCAAGUGUGUGAAUUAGUAAUUUGUUAAAGCAUCAUUGAUGUGGUCUCACGGUGUUGCUGUUAAGACAUCAAUGAUGUGGUCUCACGGUGUCGCUGUUAAGACAUCAAUGAUGUGGUCUCACUGUAUUGCUGUUAAGACAUCAAUGAUGUGGUCUCAUGACAUGGUAAUCAUGUUGACAGAUUUCUCAGAGUUCAACAAAUGACCUGCCUGCUGCUUGCCUGUGAUCUCUAUCAACUUUUGGGCAUCAUAUCUGUAAUGCAAAUACCAUUUUUAUUGUUCAAAACAUCCUAAAACUAUAACAUCAAAAUAUCCAGACUAUCCAUGUUAACAAUCUUAGCCGGACGUUUUUAAAAAAAAAAAAAAAAAAAAGGCAAAUAAAUAUCUGUUUAAGUGCUUUACACAGAUAUUUUUUUACACAGGUAUAAUUUUUGUACAGUUAUAAUUUUGUACACAUAACUUUUGUACACAGAUAUAAGGUUUAUAUAUUUUAUGAACCACUAUUUUAUGAGUGGAAUAGGGUACAAGUUUUAUAAGAAAGAUACGUGCUCAAGUGUUUAUCAGAUGCUCAAGCGAAUAUAUGACAGGCUUAAAACUUAAAGAGAGAAUAUCCCUAACCAGGAUAAAAUGUUUAUAAGACAGAUAAGUGACCAAGACAGUAGAUAUCUUAAACCAGGAUUUAUGGAAUCAUUUUAAAUAUUCAUAAGUUAGAUGAGACAUCCAAAAGCGUAUGUUUACCAAACAUUCAUGACACCAAUACAAUAAUACAAUAAUUUACUUGGUAAACAAAGCUGUGGUUGUACAGGCUUGACGUGAAGUCUCCAUCAGGUUGACAAGUUCAGGGUAAAAAUGAGGGUACUGGGGCAGGUCAAACCAGAGGAUGUGAUGGAUGGCUCGCAGUUUAAACCUGGGAGAUUUACACAAGAUAUCAAACCAGAUAAUAUCCAUUAUGAUUGUUUUUAAUUCUUACAACAAGCACAGAAUAAUUUAAUGACCUGGUAAGAAAGUCUAAAAACAUGGAAAAUGAAGACAAGACUCUCACUCAUCACCCUUACCUGUAGAAAAAAUGCAACCUCUCAGUGUAUAACAUAAAGUGGGGAUGUCUUUUUCUGAAG